ACUAUUGAAUUCACCAAGCUCUUCAGAACGACUUUUGCAAAUGUUUGUAAAUCUGACUGCAUGGCUACGUGUUUGAUUUUAUACACCUGUGGCAAUGGGUCUGAAUGAAACACCUGAAUUCAAUGAUUAAGUAAGCGGUGUCUCGAUACUUUUGUCCCUAUAGUGUACCUUCAUGUGGAAAUCUCGUCAGCCUGGUCUGGUUCCUCAAAUGGCCUGAAGAGCUAGAAUUUCACCAGGCAGCAGAAGAAGGCGGCCGCUGGGGUGAGGAUUAUAGCGGACCCCCUGAGACUGGGAUACGGCAAUGAGGCUCGGGGCGCUCCGAGGGCUAGUCUUCCCACUGGCCGCCGCCUCGGUCGCGCUCUACGUGAUCUACGCCCUGCGAGGGCUGCGCUUCCACGCCGAGCAGGACGCGGCUGUGGGUCGGGAGAUCCUGCGAAAGCUGGAGACGGUGGAGCGCAGCAUCGGCGAGCUGGUUAAAUCAGCAGACAUUCAGGGUCUGAAAGUUGUGAACAACUCAAGGGUAAAGAAGCUGUAUCCAAAUUCCGAGCUCUUCAGCAGCUGGGGAGAGGGGCUUUCUGAGAAGGAGCAGAGGGAGGCUGAGGUGCUGUUUUGGAAGUAUGGCUACAACGCCUUCCUCAGCAGCCGGCUGCCUUUGGACAGGGACAUCCCUGACACGAGAGACCCCAGAUGUGUGAAUAGAGUGUACCCAGAGAAUCUUCCCACUAUCAGCGUUGUGCUGAUUUACCUGGAUGAGGCCGCUUCUGUCAUCCAAAGAGCCGUCCAAAGCAUCAUUGCUAGAACACCAGCUCACCUGCUGAAGGAGAUCAUACUGGUAGAUGACCACAGCUCUAAUGAUGACUUGAAAGAGAGUUUGGACAGCCACAUCCGCUCUGUCCACGAGGAGAGACCCGGCCUUGUGAAGGUGGUGAGACACACAGAGCAGCUGGGACUCACCCAGGCCCGCAUCUCUGGGUGGGAGGUGGCCACAGGUGAUGUGGUGGCCAUCUUUGAUGCCCACAUUGAAGUCCAUGUGAAAUGGGCAGAGCCUCUGCUGGCCCGGAUCAAGGCCGACCGGACCGUGGUGGUCAGCCCCGUGUUCGACAAGGUGAAUUUCGAUGACCUGCAAGUCACACCAUACGAGGCUUCUGCCCACGCCUUCGACUGGGCCCUGUGGUGCAUGUAUGAGUCCUUCAGACCUGAUUGGUACAAGAUGAGUGAUGGUUCUCAACCUGGGAAGAGUCCCUCCAUCAUGGGUAUUCUGGUUGCUGACCGGUUAUUCUUAGGAGAAAUUGGUUUACUAGACGGUGGGAUGGAGGUCUAUGGUGGUGAGAAUGUGGAGCUGGGGAUACGUGUGUGGCUGUGUGGGGGCAGCAUAGAGGUGGUCCCAUGCUCCAAGAUCGCCCACAUCGAGAGAGCCCACAAACCCUACAUGCUUGACCUCAGCAUCACCAUGAAGAGGAAUGCGUUGAGGGUAGCCGAGGUCUGGAUGGACGAUUACAAGAGGAACGUCAAUAUUGCCUGGAAUCUUCCCAUCAAGGAUCACGGGAUCGACAUCGGUGACGUUUCCGAGAGGAGGGAGCUGCGGGAGAGGUUGAAGUGCAAACCCUUCCAGUGGUACCUGGAGAACGUCUAUCCCGAGCUGGAUCCCUUAGAUGACCUGCUGGGCUAUGGUGUGCUGGUUAAUGACCUAAAAACAGACAUGUGUGUUGAUCAAGGGGUGAUUCCAGGGAGUGUUCCUGUUCUAUAUGGAUGUCAUUUCUACUCAGCCCAGUAUUGUUACUACAGGAAAACUGGAGAGAUCUACAUUGGAGGCAUUAAAUCUCACAAGUACAGCAGUAAUCGUUGUCUGGUGGACCCCGGCGUGGGCAGCACGCCAGCCCUACACGAAUGUAACCUGCCGAAAGAGAAGCGCUUCCACAUGCUGUGGAACUUCAAGCAGGGAUGGGCUAUAAAGAACAGAGACACAAGAAGGUGCCUGGAGAUAGCUAUGGGAGAUGACAUGUACUACAACCUAGUCAUUCAGAAGUGCACCGGACAGCGCUGGACGAUUCAAUAUGUAAUAGAAGACUUCUGACACAGACUGGGGAUAGACAAGCAAUGAAAAAUGCGGCGAUGAUCUAUAAAAUAAAACGGCUGAUAUAGCUUAUUGAUGUAACAGCCGUGUCGGUUCAUGUACAAUUAUCCCUGCCUAAAGUUUUCUCCAAGAGAAAUUUUAACAUGAGUUGUUUAUAUUGAGUUGUUUGAGGACAUUUUGCAUAAAAGCCAGCUUCUUUAUUUGUAUCUGUUUUAUGUCAAUUUACGCGGCGGGGACCAUUUUUGUACGGCGCGGUCUGUAUGGUUUUAUACUUUUUAUAUGAUUUUUAAAGUGAUUUAAAUCUAA